AUGGUUUGGGUGCAGAUCACGGUAACUGGAACAAGCUCCCUCUACAUAGGAGCCUUCUACCGCCCACCAAACAUCGAUGACCCGGACUAUUUAAAUCAUCUGGACACAUGCUUAUCCAGGAUCCCAACCACAGCCCACAUUUGGCUCGGAGGGGAUUUCAACCUUGGGGACAUAAACUGGGAGGACAAUAGCGUUAAGGAACAUGCUUCUAAGCCGACCCUAUCCAGGCAGCUUAUCAAUAUUGCCAACGACAGGUUCCUAGAGCAACAAGUAACAGAGCCAACAAGAACAACAGAACACUCAAGCAACACAUUAGAUCUCUUCUUCACAAACAACAGUUCACUUAUCAACAAUACAGAAGUCAUCCCUGGUAUCUCUGACCAUCACGCUGUCUAUGUUGAAGCAAGCCUAAAACCUCUCAAAACCACAACACCUUCAAGAAAAGUCUACUGCUAUGACAAAGCCAACUAUAUGGCUAUGAACGAAGACCUCCAUAAACUACACACCGAGAUGAAAUCUAUGCCUAACUCUACAAUUGAUACACUAUGGACAAAAUUUAAAGACAACCUUAUUCUACUAAUGGACAAGCACAUUCCAUCUAAGCUUCUCAAAAACCAAAAGACCAAGAAACCAUGGAUAGAUCGCAAAGUUAAAUCAGCUAUCAAGAGAAGAACCAAACUAUAUAGAAGAAUGAAAAAAACUAAAUCGGGAGCAGAUAUAAGGAAAUACAAAGUAUGUAAAUCACAUGUCCAGAAACUCGAAAGACAAAACUACCACCAGUACAUCAACAACUUGAUUGAAGUCCAAGACCCAAACGAUGACAAGCAACUUAAGCAGAAAAGGUUCUGGAACUACAUCAAAUCCCUGCGCAAAGACAACUCUGGUAUAGCGCCACUUAAAGAUAAUGGCAGACUUUUCAACUUGCCCAAAGACAAGGCCGAUAUUCUAAACAAGCAGUACAUGUCUGUGUUUACCCAGGAAGAUGGAAAUGAUGUACCCUCACCUACAGGCACCCCCUACCCAGACAUGGACACCAUACACAUUGAAGAGGCUGGAGUGAGAAAGCUUCUACAAAAUCUCAAUCCACGUAAAGCAUCAGGCCCAGACAACAUAUCGGCUCGAAUACUGAAGGACUGCGCCGAAAACCUAGUCCCCCAUCCUUACACUGAUAUUUAA